CAGCCAUUUUGAAACAUUGCUAAUAAGACGUGUUGAGGAACAGAAGAACUAACAAAACAAAGUAGUAUUUUCCCGAUAUAUCUUUGUUUCUAAGAAGAAGCAGUGACGAUGUUAAAUUAAAAAUCUUGAUUGGUGCUCUGGGAUUUUCUGGUCCUACAGUGGUUGACAUCAGCUCAUGCCCUAUCACGUUUUAUGGACAGAAGUACAAACAACUCUAUGUGAACUCCUCCAAUGUCUGUUUCAACAACUUUUUCAACAACAAACCCAGACAGGACUGUAUUGAAGGCUUUCCCGUGGCAGGAACACGUGAUCUAGUGAUAUAUCCAGCAAGGACUUUGUAUGAACAAACGUUCCAUCAAAAUGUGCCAACUAUAAAGGGCAAACUAGAAUGCACAAUAGAAAUCCAGAUGUUUGCUCUUAGGAAAACGACUGCUUUGGUUCUUGGUAACUUUGGGACACAAGCAGCUAUACAAAUAAAACCCCCGAGUCCAUCUGUGUUUGGUUUUCUGGUCGAUGGUACCACAGUUGAUACACUGAAUAUUCUCACAUCACCGUUCUUAGCAUACUUAGACAUCAGCGGAUGCAGACACUCAGGUGUUUUGUAUGAAUAUGGUAAAAUGGUGAGGUCUGAUCCAGAUACCUGUCUAAUCUGUGAUGAUACUGCUGUCCUCAGAGUCACUGGCUGUCCACCUGUGGAACGAUGUCAAGACUACAACACCUGCGUGUUUGACUACAUCUGCACUGUGACCGGCCCUACUGUCAUAGACUUUCUCAGCCAAGUGAACUCUGUCCCGGAUCGGUGUGCGUACUCUCUACUGUCGGGUCCGUCUGUCCCAGGCUUCCAUGUGCUUGGGAACUUCCGGGAACGUCGACGUAAAGAUGUGAGCUUUGUGGACAGUGUGACACUGCAACUAGACGGGCCGGGUGUUCAAAUUCAAGUGGACCAAGACGGGAGAGUUUGGCUGGACAAGAAUACGUUGACCCUUAACAGCAAAGCUCAGCUGGUUCACGGUGUGGAGCUCUCUAAGGAUCAAACCGGAGUCACUGCAAAGGUGGUGCUCGCUAACAAGGUGGUGCUUGUCUUCUUUGAUGGCAACACGGCACAGAUCCACUUAAAAGCACCUGGUGGAAAAGAACCAUCUCUGCAGGGUUUGUGUGCCAACUCCAGUGUGCCUUUGAGCUCAGUGAGGCUCCCUGGUGCUUACAGUGCCAGUGGCUGUAAGGUGCAUUACAGUGACUCUGCUGACAGUUUGAUCAACUGCACCAUGACGACUGAACGCUGUAAUCUCCUGAAUGAGGCUCCCUUCACCGCCUGUCACAACUACACCAACCCAGAGCCCUACAUAACCGCCUGCACCGACACUAUGUGCAAUUAUCCUCCGGCAGACGGUCUACACUGCCAGUUCCUGGAGGCCUACGCCAGAGCCUGCAGCCUGUACAGCUCCAACACACUGGAGGACUUGAUGUCAGAGGCCGGCUGCUGUAAGACUUUAAUAAACUCAAUUCAGUGA